AUGCUCUUCAACUUCCGCCAACAGUAUACCUACACUCGUCGCCAAGUGCACUGGCUGCUGAGGCAAAAAAAACAAUUAGUCGACUUACAGCCCAGCAGGAUCAUCGCCAUACGAGCGAUGUUAGAAUUCGUCCGCCUUGACGAUAAAGACAAUAAAAAGUUGGUGCUUAAGUUUCAAGCACCGCAGGAUUCCGGCUUGGUUCGGCUUACCGAAGAUGCCAAGCUUGAAAAAUGUUUGGAUGCGAUCUGUAAAAAAGACAAGCAGCCCGUAGAACCCGCAAAACAAUGCAUCGGUGGUUUAUACCACCAUGCAUCAAAAUUCCUUCACGGCCGCCUCAGAUCGUCCCCACUCGAGCUUUGUGCUCACGAUUGGACGCCUGAUGAGUUGAGAGCGUUGAGGGCUAUUUGUAAUCGUUUUGAAAUAGAUUAUAAUUUAUUAAACAAGUAUGGGACAAUAAAGGAAAAAAUAAUACACAAAGACAAUAAAUAA